GCUCUUCCACAUUCCCACUUCUCCCUCUCACUCUUCCAGGUACACGCCCUUUGACUUGUCAGGGGGAAAAGUUUUAAGGAAAGAAAAAAAAAACCUAAAUCACGGAAGAGAUUCUGCUGUCCUACUAGUUUGGCAAGUUCUCUGGGCUCAAAGCGGCGUAGAAAGGCGGAGAAGAGGGCAGAAACUGAAAUUUGCGCACAUUUGUACACUUCUCUUGUCCCGCAGACUGUAAACGUGAGAGGAGUCAUGGAGGCUGCCAUUCAGACCCUGGUGAAGGUCUUCCUGAAGUCGACCAAGGGAAAGGAGAGUCUACGAAAGAAUCAGUUCCAGAGCCUUGUGAAGGAGCAGCUCCCCAACAUCCUUUCGGGCACAGAGAACAAAGAUGCGAUCAACAACAUGGCCAUGGGACUGGAUGCUGACCAAGACGGCAAGGUUGGUUUUGAGGAGUACUUGAAGCUGAUUGGCUACCUGGCGUGCUCAGUCAGCGAGCAGCGCAACCUCGAGCCUGCCCAAAAUGCUGCGAGCGAACCGGGAGUACAAAGUGAACAAGCCAAAGAGGAGGAAAAGCCAGCGGCAAACGCAGAAGCAAAGGAGGAACCAAAGGCAGAAGCAAAUGAAGAGCCAAAGGUAGAAGCAGCCGCUGAAGUAAAGGCAGAAGAAUGUAGUGGUGGAAAUGUAGUAACAGUAGGUAUAAAGUCUGAGGGGGAGACGCAGCCUGAAGCAGCAAAGGAGGAGGAGAAGCCAGAAGCAACAGUGGUGGCGGCAGUGCCCGGGGUGGCGGCAGUGCCCGGGGUGGCGGCGGCAGCGCUAGAGGAGGCAGCAGCGACAGUGGAAGUGGCCGUGAUAGAAGGAGAAGUGGAGGUGCAGAAGGAAAUAGAAAAGGUGGAGGAAGCUGCAGAGAAGCUAGAGGAGGAAGUGGAGAAGAAGAUAGACGAGGCGACUUCAUAGGGGACAAUCCAUUCCUUUACAUACAAAAAAGAAAAUCACACUACACGCUUACAUUCAACACUACAAAAAAAACGCAGCAUUAAUGCCAAAACAAGUCGGAAAGCCACUAUAGUUUUUUUUUAAACACACAUUAUGAAAUACAAAAUGUCGGUAAACAAUCAAACACUACAAACCCAGCUCUGAAGAAAGCCCAUUCCUCUUAUAUGAUUUUUUUAAACAAAACAUGUACAUGACAGUAGAAUCAUUGCUUUGUACUACUAGUUACCACUAUGUUCAUAUGUACAGCAUGUGCAUUCCACUAUAUAGCACAUUUACCUCAUAUGAUAAUAUACUAUGAUCGCAUGCAGACGUACACUAUCAUAUGCAUGCCAUAUCCCUGUGAAAAGUUUACUGCAAAAAUAUGAUUUACCUGCAAGUGUCACUGCAGCCAAGAGUUUAACUUUAUAUAUAUUAUCCUUUUUUCCAUUUUUAUCUUUAUCUGGGUCUUUUUUUUUCAACUCCAUACACUACUUACUAUGCAUUGGUCCUUGGUAAAACAUAAGCAGUAUACCUUGCUAAGCACUAAUAGUUUAAAGGAAUAGUUUGACAUUUUGGGAAUUAGUUUUCUUACCAAGUGUUGGAUUGACACCAUAAGAUAAUUUUAGCAUAAAGGCUGGAAACCGCUAACAUGGCCUACCUGUCUGCCAGCACUGCUAAAGCUAACGAACUAACAUGUUAUGUCUGGGCAGUUUAAUAUUCAGUGUACAAAUACAUAUUAAUUCACUAGUUUUAGAUGUGUUGCUUGUUGGCUUUUGUUGCGUCUGAGAAAACGAAGCUAGCCUUUGCCCGUUUCCAGUUUUUAUGCUAGGCUAAACUAAUCAAUUGCUGCAUUUUGCUUCAGUAUGAGUGCAAUCAAUCUUUUCAGCUAACUUCUAGCAAAAAAAGCCAAUAAUUUCACACAACGUCAAACUAUUUCUAUAAUGUUUGCAUGAAAAUCUGUCAUUAACACUACAUACAUUUUAUUUUAUUUUAUUUUAUUUUUUUUACAUUUUGUCUUUUAACUCUCAAUGUUAUGGAGCAUGACAAUAAACUAAUUGUUUUGCUGAAAACUUGCAUUACUUCAACCCAUCUUAGUUAUGUACUCUAUGCCCCAUCACACCCUCAUUUCUCUCUAUCUAGUCUUAUUUAAGGGCUGUCUGUCUCUUUCUGUAAUUCCCUGAAAGAUUCACUUCAUGUGGAUCCUAAAAUAUUCUCUCCACUCCUCGUAGUCAGCCCUUGAGUAGUAACUGGAAGAUCUAAAUAAUUAAGGUUCAAGAAUGGAAUCCACACCAAAGGACCCUUAUGGUCAAAGGGAGCCCAAAAUAGUCCCAUGGUAAUGGGCUGGAGGAGACGACCAGAAAAGGUGUUUGUGCAACUUAAUCCACCUGGAAUAGAGCUGGUAGAGAAUUACAACACAAGACUUAAAGAAGCCUAUUACAUAUCACAACUGGCAAUUUUUAUCUCGUGUGUUUUAUGAUACAAUUAUCUAAUUUUUAUUUGUCAUCCAAAUUUAAUGGCAUUUCAAUGGCUAGUAAAUGUGUUGGGUGGAAUAUUAUCUGGAGUGACCCCUGGUAGCACUGGAUUGGUAGAAACUGGGCUCUCUUAAAAACUGCUAAUUGUUGCUUGAUGUUUUCUGAUGGUUUUAGCACCAGUUGUUCAGGCUUGUGUGUUUCGUUGUCGGUCACACCCUCAUACAGUUUAAAAGACCCUGUUUGACCUGUAACUGGAUCCUUGAGUCACAGGCAUUGGGAAACUACUGGAUUAGACAUUUGAUGGGUAACACACCCUGGGACACAAACAAUUACACGAAAGUAAUCCUGGGCUCCAGUGAUCCUGCCCAUCAGACAAGGUGGUAGUGUCAGAGGUGCUUUUUUUAAACCAAGAAAAGAAUACUGAGCCAUCAAUAUAAAUGUAUGUCAUGUGAUCUUUUACAACAGGCUAAUACAUAAGAUACUGCAUGCUAUCAGAAACUUUAGUAUUUACAUUAUAUUGAAAUAAUCGCAGCCAAAUAUUUAAGUUCAACAUGGCCGCUUUAUAUUUAACUUUUUACUCUUUCUUGUUUGGACCACUAUGGAGAUCACUUGAAAACGUCUUUGUCACAUUAUAUGCAAUUUGUUAAUUACAAUUUAAUGAUUUGUAAAUUGUCUUAUUAUCAAUAAUGCAGCCAUGAGAAAAAGGCUCGUGUUGCAGGCCCCGCUAUGUUACAGGUGUGCCGUGCCAGCCACGUAGUGCUCAAGGCACACACAUUUUGGGCACCGUACCAAAUGUGCACCUUAUGCACUGUAAGAGCACCUGGCACUUCAAACUGCUAAGCAGCAAAAUGGGCAAGACAAAUAAACCUGAGUCAUGUGGUCACCCUGCCUCGCUGCGACACUCCCAUUGUAAAUACUCUCUCAUUUACACUCACUCUGCUCAGCCUUUAUACUCGUAGUACGCUGUGUUUCCUGCAUGCUCUAUUACUAGCACACUUAUUGGACAUUUGGGGCUAUUUAGGUUAUAUUAUUCUUUUAUUACAAUUAUUAUAUUCUUUUUUAUAUCAAAACAUUUUCUAAACAUGGUACUUCCUGUGAAUAAUGGAAACAUAUCACUCUCUUGCACCAUCUACAGCCAGCUCUCUGCUCAACAUGUACAUAUGCCUCAGGCACUUGUAUCUUGUAUGUAUGUAUUUGUAUACAUACUUGCAAGCUGCAUACCUUAUUUGCUAUUCCCCAUAGACCAGGUGUGUUUCCUGCAUCUUUGUGCUCUUUCUUUGCUCUCAACCAAUAAUUUUAUGCAAAGUUAUGGUAAAAAAAACAAAACUGGAUAAUGCAGAAUUCACUUUACUGGCAUGUUUUAAAAUGACUUGCACUACAGCAAUUAACCAAGCUGAAGUAAACAUAAUGUGGAAAUUGUUCUAUCGCAGCUAAUGCUUACUUUUAACCUAUUUGGAACAGCAGAUGGACGGAUUGAACUGUCUGCUCUGGCAAUUUUUUUGUUACGAUCCCAUAGUGUGAACCCCGCCCAACCUUAACUCCAUGCAGAUUAAAAACAUGCUGGAACGAAACACAGCAGAUUUGCAGCAGGGAGUGUUUGCCGCCAGAUUUUCAUUGACACAUAGUCUCAUUCAUUGUGUGAGACGGAUGAAGAUAAAAGGCUAUGUUAAGAAUCCUCCCAGCGGAUAUCAUAAGUGUACAUACAAGCAUAUGGAUGUGCUCCGGGUCAAAAUGUUUUGUGAUUAUGGGACCAUUCCCAGGAUAUUGUGCAGGCUUUCAUCAUUGUGUACUGAUGUACUCUGUUUAUUUCCUGCCAAGUGCUCGAGGGGUGUUUGUGUUAAGCAGUUGGACUCAUUUCAGUCCACUGAAAUGUCCUGUAAACGCCACUAUGCCCGUAUUUCAACUUCUUAUGUAAUGCUGUAUCAUUUUUGCUAAUUCUAUGUAACAUGUUUAAUGGCUAAUAUUGAAUAAAACUGUGACGAUAACA